AUGAGAUCCUGGUAUCUGGUUAAGCCCUUGACAUCUCUGAUGCCACUGGCAUCUCCAGAUGUCCUGGCAUCUCCCGAUGUCCUGGCAUCUCCCGAUGUCCUGUCUUGGCGAGAUGCCAAGUCACGUGAUCAGCGCCCCGCGUUGAUCAUUACCUUCUGA